AUGUCCGCCUCGGUCAGGACGGCGGAUCGGCCACUCCCUCCUAUACCCUCCUCCAGCCGCGGCCCUGCACCCCCGCGCGCGCCCAGACAGAAUGCGGUGCAUCUCUCUCGCAAAGUCUCCCCGACACGCGUCCCCCGACCCUCUGCGCGCUCUCCUCGAUUGCUCUCGCGUGCCUUGAAACACCCUGGCGUACUCGCCCAAUUCCUGCGGCAUAUUUCCUGGCAAGAUUUUCAUACCCUCGCCAGCGCCUCCCGCGACCUCCGGCGGUGUGUCGCACAGAGUGAAGAGUGCCGAGAUGUCGUCUUCACCCACUUCGUCCCAGGGUAUAGACUCGCCCGGGAGCUCAGCGACGUAGAGCAAAAGUCGGACAUCGAGGUCGAUUUCCACCAGCUUGUUUUUCUCAUGCUGUCGCAGUACGUCCCCCUGCACGCGUAUCCCAUGCACGCCAUGGCCGUGCUCGGAGCUUUUUCCCGCUCGUCCACAGACCCGCAACUGCAAAGAGGCUCCGCGCGACUCGCCUCCCUCUCCCUCGCACACUCCCGAUUCGUCCUGUUACUCCAAUCCCUCGUACACAGUGGCGCCUCGUCACCCUCCGACUCAGAGGAUUUCGACAACCCGGCAGGGCCAUCCCUUAGGGUUAGCCUGCGAUCCCCGCAGCAGCGCGGCAUCCGAGAACUCGUGUUUCCCGCACCGCUGUCCAGUCUGGGAAACGAUUCGGACGACGCGGUUUCGACCAACACGCGCGAAAGCAUAGGUCGGCGAGUGCUGAGCCGAUCUGGCACGAUCCGCAGUGGGUUUUCUACCGCCCGCUCGUCGUCUCUCAGCCCGCCAAGGACGCCCACGAUAGCGGAGGUCAUCCCACGAAACAAGGGCAGUGGGAUGUCAACGUUCUUCGGCAGGUCAAAAGUGCCGCUGCCGCCACCAUCAGCGGAUCCACGCGCGCUCAGGGAGUACUCUGGCAGCUGGCGCAGGACUAUGUCAGUGAGCAAGGAUCGGCACAGCAUUCCGUACGCGACCGAUGAAGACGGCUUUACGGCGCACGAUCUCAAGCUUCCCAAUAGGCGCUUUGCUUCCGUCAGCUACUCCAGCGAAUCGUCGCUAUCGAGUCCUUCGUCGAUCUCGCGCACUAACACCGAGUCCGAGGGCAGUCCGCCUGCUCGGGAACGGCGUAGAGCAUCCGUCGGCGCGCCGCUCGCCGUGCCGAGGGGAACCUCUGCGCACGAUCUAUUCUUAGCGACAUCCCGUGUUCGCGCCCCGGUCCUCCGUGUCUUCGUACCCUGUACCGACCUCGACGAGCCUGCCAUAAUGGCCUGCGAAGAGCAGCUGAUCAAGGGUGGCCUCUGGGAACAUCUUUCCGAUGGCGACGUCGUCUGCAACUUCGGCUACGUUCCACCGCUUCCCCCACCCGACAGCCCGCGCCCGCUCUCAUACAGUGACCCAACCGAUGGAGGACAACAGAGGCAAAAGUGGCUCAUGUUCAACGGGUACUGCCUUGUCCCCUACAUCCCGCCCAGCGCGCCCCCGUUGGAGAACCCGCUAACGUUACCAUCGCCUUUCUACUUCGCGAACAUACUCCCUGCCUUCGUUGACCCUGUCUUCAUCAUCGCACUCCCGCAAGACCCGCCCUCUGCAAAUGGCCGCCAGUUUGCCAGGGAGCCAGACAUGCAGCUCACGAACGUCGCGACACGCGUCCCGAGCCCGCACUCGCCGAGUGGCGUCGCGCGUGUGCGCAAGUACAUGUGGCUUGCGCGUAUCCCGUACGUCGGACCUGGGAGCGUGACGGAGGCCGGCCUCGCACUCGGGCGCGGCUGGCACGGCGAGUGGGUGCUCGAGGCGGAGGGAACUCGCGAGGGUCGUCAGUGUUUGCUCGACGCGCUCGCAGGAAACACGAACGGCCCUGGGCUCCGCCAGCGUGGGCAGUGGCAGAUCGUCCGCGAGAAGAGCGGCAGUGGGCGGAUUUGGCUCAAACUGCUCGUCGCGAACGUGGAUGGUUACAUCGAUACGCUCGUGCAUCCGCCCGAGCCGGAAGACCGGGCGCGGUCCCCGCAAACUCAGCCUCUCUAUAGGACAGAACAGUAGACUUUCUUGACUUGGCCCGGGCUCGUUGGCACCACUAGAGACGCUUUUCGCUUCAUCGUCGCUCUGGUCCCUUGCAGACUUCACCUACCCACUGAUCGCCUCACACCAUCAUUUUACCAUUUUUAUAUUCUCUUCCAUCUGCCUCCCCCUCUGCAUCUGCAUCUCGCAUCGCCCACGCAUCGUCCACUCAUUCGCUAAACAGAAGUGUAGCCCUCCUCGUAUACUGUGCAUUUCCGUGCUAAUCCCUGCCCUGCUGCAUCUUACUUCUACCGUUAUAAAGGCGUGUCCACUACCGAUACCUGCGUACAUACAUUCGUGCACGUAAUCCUGCCUACUCUACGCUGCUGCUUAGCCAACGCGCCG